UUUCCAAUGAGGAUCUCAGUUUCCAAAGAAACUAAUUGAGUAGUUUAGCUGUUAAAUUCACAAUAUCUUGUGAAUUAAUUUUUGAUGUAGAGUCAGAAUCAAACAGCUCUAACUAUAUACAGAGUAAAGCAAUGCCUGUGCAGGUUUUAGGGGAAUCUUUGAAAGGGACGUUCUACAGACACCCUUGAGUAUUGCACAACUGAAUUGUUACUUAAAAAGCUAACUAGGAUUUCCUGUCAAUUGAUCAGACUACAAUUGUACAAUCAACAUACCUGUCUUUGUACAUUUCCUCUUGUCCGAACCUUCGUACAGCUGAGAUUAAAAGUUCAAUUAUUACCUUGGAAACAGUAGUUGAAGGAAAGAUCCUCUCACCAUGGUCCAUUUAGCCUUCUGGAGCUGGAGACUGGAUUCUCCUCAGUUAACAGUUUGCACAUUUGUCAUAGAAAUGUAGAUGUAGAAGUUUUCUGAGUACCAAGUUGAAAUGUGUUUGAUUCGAUAAAACGUCCAACAUAUCUCCUAAAUGCACCUUGGAAUUGAAUUCACUUUGCCACAGCUAACUGAAGUAUGUGACCACUGUGUCUAAGGACUUCAAUGAAAUAUCUGUUUAAAAUGUACAAAGUGUUAAGAGAAACUAUUCCAUGACAACAUGAAACUCCCGUUUGCAGAAGAAGACAUGUCUGACACACUCAAAUGAACAGGAGCAACGUAAGAGCACUUUUUUUCCACAGUUAAAACUCUUUUUUGUGUAUUCUUUCCUGACUCUGGUCGAGCGCUUAAGGGACAUUGCACCUUUUUAAGCCCACUGAGGAAAAUUCUAAUUUGUGAAUAUUGGCCGUACAACUAAAAUUGGAAUGAUUGAUGAGUGCAAAUAUCUACAGCAUCUUGAAUCAUUUUAAUAUGUCAAUUCAUUUUUUAUCUGAAAUAAAGCUCCUUUAAUUUCCAAAGGAAGUAUUUUAUAGUUCCUUAAUAAUUAUUCCCCAAAACCCACAAGGACAUUGCUGUAGAGUUUAUACAACCAAUUGGCUUAAGCAGCUGUGGUCUGUUUCAAAGAGUUAAUUCUGAACCAUCAGAAUUUAUGGCCUCAAGGCUCGACUUAGUCAAAAAUACACCAAUCUGACACACAUUCCUCUUCUUGUUUUGGUCUGUCCGUGCAAACCCCCUGAUCGUUGUAGGCCUACCUGGAAUCUCUAUCAUUUCCUCUUCACGAUGGGCAGCUUGAAUAUGACUUGACCACAAAUAUUCAGUUUUAAGUGGGCUACGUGCAUAUCAAUGUCAGUGAACGUGAACAUGGUGAGUAGGUGUGAGAGUAGAAAACGGGGCAGAGAGAUGCCAAAGGGCUACAAAUGCACAAGUUCCCCAGAGUGGUGGAGAGCAGACCCUGAGCAGUGAGCAGAUGCAUGUUGUCAUAGCAAUGACUGCUGUGUGUUUAUACUGUGUGCGGGACCCAAACCCAAUGUUUAAUAAGUGAUGCAGAUGCUGUAUCCUCAUCAUGUAAGGAAUGUUCAUCACAAAAUGAAUAUAUCUUUCGGUGACUUUGGUGGGAAGUGAGAAAUCCAUGAGGAGCUGCGAGAUGUUAACCUGAGAAUAUAUUUCACUCAGUCUUGGCGGUUGUGGCAGCAGGUGGUUCAUGUGUAUUUUUUUCUCUCUUUCUCUCUCUCUCUCUCUCUCUCUCUCUCUUUCUCUCUCUUUCUCUCCCUCUCUUGAAGGGUCUUUAACCUCUACUCCUCCCACGCAGAUCUCCCAGGCGCUUCCCUCUGCCGGAGGCUUCAUGGACAAGCUACAAACGGCUUCAUAGUAAAAAAAAAAAUCACAAAAAACGGGCGAUAACUAUGAAGAUGGUGAGUGGAGAUACAGUGUGUGGGCAACACCAGUUCAUUAUCAGCUGCGUGGUGGAGAGGAAGACAUCCACAUGACGGAGUGAGGAGCACAGGCAGAGAGUCUAAAGAAAGAAGAGGAGAAGAGAGGAUCUGCUUCUUCAUGACAGCUUGACGCGUUCAAAGGAAGAAGAAACAGGUCUCCCAGGAGACCUGCCUUUUGGACCAGGUGCUGGAGCUGAUUAUGAACGAGAAGCCCCCCGCAAGUACGAGUCUUUUCCUGAACGAGGACGCGGACAAACCCCCCUUGCCGGAGAGAGGAGACCUGAGGAGGCGUUUGCACAGGGCAAUGGAGAGGAGAGCCAGCACCAUGAAGGAGAGGAUGGGCUCCAUCAGCAGGGGCAGUGUCAAGGCUUUCCUCAAGAGGAACCUGUUCGUCCUGUUCACCGUCGCGGCUGUGGCUCUGGGUGUGAUGCUGGGCUUUGCUCUGCGCACCCACAAUCUGUCCAUGAGGGAGAUCAAGUAUUUUGCCUUUCCUGGGGAGCUCCUGAUGAGAAUGUUGCAGAUGCUGGUGCUGCCUCUCAUCGUCUCCAGUCUGGUAUCAGGUAUUUCCUCCUUGGACAGCAAGGCGUCAGGUAAGAUGGGUAUCCGCGCAGUGGUCUACUACAUGGUGACCACCCUGAUUGCUGUGUUCAUUGGCAUCGUCAUUGUGAUGAUCAUCCAGCCGGGCAAAGGCAGCAGAGACAGUCCUUUGGCCAAAAGUGGAAGCAUUGAACCUGUUCAGGCUGCUGACGCUUUUCUGGAUCUCAUCAGAAACAUGUUUCCCCCCAAUCUGGUAGAAGCUUGUUUCAAGCAGUAUAAAACAGUUUACAAGAAGACUGUUCAUACACGGAACGUGACGGUGACCCUGAACCUCACAGACUCCCUCAACGUGACAGAGUCUGACCUGAGCAUGAACCUCAGCAGGGUGCUGCACACCAUACAGGAGACAGUGGAGGAGACAAUGCCCAUGUCCGGCUCCUCCAGUGGAGUGAACGCUCUGGGUCUGGUGGUCUUCUCCAUGUGCUUCGGUCUGGUCAUUGGCAACAUGAAGCAGCAGGGCCAGGCUCUCAGGGAUUUCUUUGACUGCCUGAAUGAAGCCAUCAUGAGACUGGUGUCCAUAAUCAUCUGGUACGCUCCAGUGGGCAUCCUGUUCCUGAUUGCAGGGAAAAUUGUGGAGAUGAAGGAUCUGGCUGAGGUGGGCGGUCAGCUGGGGAUGUACACCGUGACGGUCAUUGUGGGUCUCCUCAUCCACGGCCUCUUUGUGCUGCCGAUGCUUUACUUCAUGGUGACCAGGAAGAAUCCCUACAGCUUCAUCGGCGGUCUGCUGCAGGCCCUCAUCACGGCCCUGGGGACGUCAUCCAGCUCUGCUACUCUGCCCAUCACCUUCCGCUGUCUGGAGGAGAACAACCGUGUGGAUAAAAGGGUGACCCGUUUCAUCCUCCCUGUGGGCGCCACUAUCAACAUGGACGGCACCGCCCUGUACGAGGCCGUGGCAGCCAUCUUUAUCGCUCAAGUUAAUGACAUGGACCUUAACUUUGGCCAGAUUCUCACAAUCAGUAUCACGGCAACUGCUGCCAGCAUCGGAGCAGCAGGCAUCCCUCAGGCUGGCCUGGUUACCAUGGUGAUCGUAUUGACAUCGGUGGGACUGCCCACAGAGGACAUAACACUGAUCAUCGCCGUGGAUUGGUUCUUGGACCGCUUGCGUACCACCACCAACGUGCUGGGCGACUCGCUCGGGGCCGGCAUCGUGGAGCACCUCUCCCGCGGGGAGCUGCAAAAUCAGGAUGAUGAGGUGCGCAACUCUGUCAUCGAGGAGAAUGAGAAGCCCUACCAGCUCAUCUGCCAGGAAAACGACACCAUCAAGCACCACAAUAGUGAGACCACAAUGUGAAAAAAAUAAAACCACUCUCAGAGGGGCUUCACGUAGCAUUUCAGCUAGAAAGUUGGCUUGCUGUGGUGCAGGAGAAUAAAAUCCUUUUGGGUCGACUCACCCAGUGCUCGAGUCCCAAACUUGUAACUUACCCUCCAAUACAGAACGAUGUCUGGGAAACAAGGUGAUAAUGUAUGGUGGUAAUAGGUAAUAUGCACACACACUUAUUAGGAAUGAUUCAGUGCCAGUUAUGUGACACUAAAUCAGAUUGAAAAACUCAGUGUGUCAUUAAGAAAAAGUUCAGUAGGUCAAAUAAAGAUGAAAGUCAUUUUGAAAUCAUUUUUCGGUUUAUCAAGUUUUCAAAUAUUUGUGUGAUUUAUGAUUCAUACAAUCAGUCAAACACAUUCCUACCAGCAUCAGUGUACGAAUACACAGUAUUAACAAAGACAAACUCCAUUCAUCCAGUUUCCAAUCCACUCAGCUCUUUUGAAUGGCUUAACAUUUCUUUGCAAAUAUUUUUUUGUAAUACAUCAUACAUCAUGACUACCUCUAACAGGACAUUUAGAUACAUUGAAAUAUUCAAUGGAGCAUAUCAACGGGAUAUUAAUACAUUAGCUGCUCCGCUGUUAAAGAUCCCAUAUUUAACACAUUUUCUUCUGUUCUUUAAGUGUGCUUGUACAAGACAAUGGACCAUGGUGGGAAGGAGAAUCUUUACCACUUAUUACUUUAAGAUUUGAUUUAUUGCAAGUGACUUGUUAGAAUGUUUAAAUCUCGCUGCUUUCUUAUAAGUGUACAGCAUAUAUAUUUGCAAGUAUUUCCUGUAUUUCUUUGUUGAUAUUGCUUUAAACUAUGGGCAUAGGACUGUACUCCUACACUAAUUGUAGUAAUACCUGCAGUAAUACUUGUUCUGAAACAAUUUCUUCUCCCUGAUCCAUGAUCCGUUUUUCUUUUCCCACAAUUAAGCUAUUGUUUUAGAAAUUUUGAUGUGCUUCUUCCUUUCAUUUUUUUUUUAUCAUUGAAAAAAAAGCACAGUGUUUUAAUGUUAGUACACCUUUAUUUCCUAGUUUUAAAUUAAACCCAAAAAACAAACAUGCAAUUAAAUGUUGGUAUAUUUAGACUGGAAUGAUGUAAUGCAGAUUAAUCACAGAUUUAUUUGUAUUAAUUUGUGAAAACGUGCUGUGAAUAAAGUUGGUCAACGCUUUGAGGAAUUGAAUGUACAGUUGCUUUAUGUUUUUUGGUGUUUUAGAGGAAAGUGCAGUGCAAAGUGAAAAGGUUUAUACAUUACAGUUCAGUUGGAAGUUCGUAUGACUUUGUGCCACUUUUGUGCUCGUUAAGAGGUUUCUCUUUAGUUUUGAUGCUUAUGACAGCUUAUGAAAAAUGUGACAAAUAAAUGGCUCAGGAAUUGAA